AUGCCGUCGUUCGACGAGGCGCUGCAGCAGGCCGGCGAGUUCGGCCACUUCCAGCGGCGCGUGUUCCUGCUUCUCUGCCUCACGGGCGUCACCUUCGCCUUCCUCUUCGUCAGCGUGGUCUUCCUGGGGCCCCGACCCGACCACUACUGGUGCCGCGGGCCGAGCGCUGCUGCCCUGGCUGAGCGCUGCGGCUGGAGCGCGGAGGAAGAGUGGAACCGCACGGCGCCCGUGCGCCCCGGGCCCGCGCCCCCAGAGCGCCCCGGCGACGGCCGCUGUGAGCGCUACCUGCUGGAGGCGGCCAAUGCCAGCGCCGGCCCCGCGCCCGGGGCGCUCAGCUGCACCGACCCGCUGGCCGCCUUCCCCAACCGCUCAGCGCCCGUGGUGCCCUGUCGAGGCGGCUGGCGCUAUGCGCAGUCCCACUCUACCAUCAUCAGCGAGUUUAACCUCGUGUGUGUCAACGCUUGGAUGCUGGACUUCACCCAGGCUGUCCUGAACCUUGGCUUCCUGGCAGGAGCAUUCACCUUGGGCUAUGCGGCAGACAGGUAUGGCAGAAUAGUGAUUUACUUAAUAUCCUGCUUUGGCGUUGGCCUCACUGGUGUAGUGGUGGCAUUUGCGCCCAAUUUCCCAGUGUUUGUCAUCUUCCGCUUCCUACAAGGUGUGUUUGGAAAGGGAACGUGGAUGACGUGCUAUGUGAUUGUCACUGAAAUAGUGGGUUCAAAACAAAGGAGGAUUGUGGGAAUAGUGAUUCAAAUGUUCUUCACCCUUGGAAUCAUAAUUCUUCCUGGAAUUGCCUACUUUAUCCCCAACUGGCAAGGGAUCCAGCUGGCCAUCACGCUGCCCAACUUUCUCUUCCUCCUUUAUUUCUGGGUGGUUCCCGAGUCCCCACGCUGGCUCAUCACUCGGAAGGAAGGCGACAAAGCUCUGAAAAUUUUGAGGAGCAUCGCCAAGUGCAACGGGAAAUACCUCUCCUCGAGCUACUCAGAGAUCACUGUUACAGACGAGGACGUCAGUAACCCGUCCUUUCUGGACCUGGUGAGGACUCCCCAGAUGAGGAAGUGCACGCUUAUCCUCAUGUUCGCCUGGUUCACAAGUGCAGUGGUCUACCAGGGGCUGGUCAUGCGUCUGGGAAUCAUCGGUGGCAACCUCUACAUAGAUUUCUUCAUCUCAGGGGUCGUGGAGCUGCCUGGAGCCCUCUUGAUUUUACUGACCAUUGAGCGCAUGGGACGACGUCUCCCCUUUGCAGCAAGCAAUAUCGUGGCUGGAGUGGCCUGCCUGGUCACCGCAUUCUUACCAGAAGCAGGGCUGACAUGGUUGAGGACCACAGUCGCCACCCUUGGAAGACUGGGGAUAACCAUGGCCUUUGAAAUCGUGUAUUUGGUCAAUUCAGAGCUGUACCCGACAACACUACGAAACUUUGGUGUUUCUUUGUGUUCAGGUCUGUGUGAUUUCGGGGGGAUCAUAGCCCCGUUUCUGCUCUUUCGGCUUGCAGCUAUUUGGCUAGAACUACCUCUUAUCAUCUUUGGGAUCCUGGCUUCUUUCUGCGGGGGCCUUGUGAUGCUUCUGCCUGAAACCAAGGGGAUUGCUUUGCCAGAAACGGUGGAUGAUGUAGAAAAACUUGGCAGUCCAUACUCCUAUAAAUGUGGCAAGAAAACCAAAAGCCAGGUUUCCAGUUCCCACCAGUGA